AUAUCCAACUAUAAACAGAUCGAAUCGGCUGACUUGCCUUAUCGUUCGGUGUGUCAACAGCAGCUGCUGCGACAAAUUGCGUGGAAUAUUCUUUGGGCUUAUCUGAUCUAUGCAAACAGAUGUUGUGCAUAAAAGGUAGGCGCUGCAUGGCCAGCAGCACAUUCCCUCCAAUAUUCCCACAAUGUCUGCCACAUACGCCUGGAUCUUGUUGAUCUGCUUGGGCUUUGGCCUGGGCAAUGCUGCUAUUCGACCCGCUCAGGAAGCCGCCGCCGCUGGACCACCGCCAGAUCUGGCACAGGAUCUCAUGGAUGUAUAUGGCCAAAUACAGUUUAAGCCCAUGCAGAAGCUGUUUGUGCGCUAUCUGCUGAAUGAUGGACAGUUCCAGGCUUUCGUGCGCAUCUUGAACAGCAAUGCGGGCUUCACUGCCUACUGGCGCCUGCUCGCCCAGCCAGAGGUGAUGCUCUUCCGGCAGUGGGUGGAUCAACAGCUGUUGGCCUCCGCUGGCAAGUUCAAGCUGGAAGAAGUGGAAGUGUGCACAACGCUGAUGAAUCGCUAUCCGUACUUAUCUGGCACCGUCUUCGGCUGGCAGGGAUUCCUCAACGAACUGGAAAUGUACUUUCCACGUUAUGCCAUCACCGCCCACGUCCAGGUAAAGGUGCAGCAGAUGGGCAUCUUCGCGCAGUUCUAUCAGCGAUUGAGCGCCCUCAAGGUCGUCUACGAACGUUGGCUGGCCCUGCCCAACACCCAAACGGUGCUCAACCAGCUCCAAGCAGAGGGCAUCGACACUGCGCAGCUGGACACGAUUGUGCGCGAGCUGUUCGGCUGGCAGGCAACGAAUACAACGACUGCAACACCUACGCCCGCGCCAACUGUUCCAGCUGACGCUGUAGUGCUGCCAGAAGCUUCGCUAAUCCUUUAAUGCCCAGUAGCUACUGCUAGAGGAUCAGCUCUGAAUUGGCAUAAUAAAUAUGUAAUCUUAUUUAUAUAUAAAUAUAUGUGAG